CAGUCAUUCGCCAGCAACCAAAGCGCUUGGUCUGUUCGAAAAAAAUACAGUGAAAUAUUAACCCAAUAAAAUAAAAACAAAUUUGCGUACAAAAUGCGUUCCCUGUGGCUAAUGCUCUGCCUGGGGCUGUUGGCCUUUUCGCAAGUCCGUGCUCAAGACGAAAAUCUUGACGAUUUGGAUUUGGGUGACAUAGCCGAAUUCGAUGAGAACGACGAGGAGUUUUUACGUUUGCUAGAGGAGAAGUCAAAGAACCAAGACGUGGAGCGUGAAAAUGAGCUGGCCAGCAAAUUGGCUGAAGUCCAGCACAAUCUGUUGAACCCCGUUGUCGAGGUUGAUCCCUGUGAGACCAUGCACUGCGGAGCCGGUCGCAUUUGCCAGCUGAACGAGGACAAGCCCGAAUGUAUUUGCAUUCCAGAUUGCCCCAAAGAGUUGGAGAUUCGUCGCCAUGUGUGCACAAAUAAGAACGAGACCUGGUCAUCGGACUGUGCCGUUUAUCAGCAGCGUUGCUGGUGCGACAUUAAAGAUCCUGGCUGCCUUCACCCGGAUAAUGCCCAUCUGCAUAUAGACUACUAUGGUGCCUGCCACGAGCCACGAACCUGCGACGGCGAGGAUAUGAAGGACUUCCCUCGUCGCAUGCGCGACUGGCUGUUCAACGUGAUGCGCGAUCUGGCGGAACGGGACGAGUUGACCGAACACUAUAUGCAAAUGGAACUGGAGGCAGAGACGAACUACUCUCGUCGUUGGUCAAAUGCCGCCGUAUGGAAAUGGUGCGAUUUGGAUGGCGACACUGAUCGCUCCGUAUCCCGCCACGAGCUGUUUCCCAUUCGUGCUCCGCUGGUGACCCUGGAGCACUGCAUUGCUCCGUUCCUGGAGUCGUGCGAUUCGAACAACGACCAUCGCAUCACUCUGAUCGAGUGGGGAGCCUGCCUGGAACUGGAUGCCGAUGACCUCAAGGAGCGAUGCGAUGACGUCCAGAAGGCAGUCCCUCAUUUGCUGGGCUAGAGCCACAUAUACAUAUGGAAUGAGAAUGGAAAAAAUUGAUGCCCCAGUUACAUUCAAAUUUUUGUUUAACAUAUUUUCUGUGCACAAAGUUUAUUUUGCAACAAUUAUUUUGUAAUAAAAUGUCUCUAAUAAAAUUUUGGAAAUAACAUUUUAA